CCACGAGUCCCGACCCCGAGCCCUUGACACCAUCUCCUUCUCCUCCAUCUCCGCCCCCAUCUAUGCUGCUUUUCUCCUCGCCUCCACCCCCCAGCUGCCUUUCUCCUCCAUCUCUGCCCUCGUCUCCGCCCCCGAGCUGCCCUAGCCCUUCUUGUUUCUUUCCUUCUCCUCCAUCGCCCGAGCUGCCCUAGCCCUUUCUAUUUAUCUCCUUCUCGAUGGUGACCAUUGCAGCAUCGCUUGCAGCUUCUCAGUGGGCGUCCUUGAGCAGCUCCUCAACAGGGCAUCUUCCAGCAGCUCCUGGGCAACGGCUUUCAGCAAGGUUUGUGGCACCACAGCUAGCAACUGACAUAAUUGUAGUUGUCGAAGAAGUGAAGUUUCAUUUGCACAAGGUAUUAAAUUUUCUGUCUGUUUCAAUAAAUUUUAUUGCUUUUCAUAUGGGCAUCUAUGCCAAUAUUGAUGGUCCAAUAUCAAUGAACAUCAUUAUAUUUUUUAAAUUGCUAAUGAAUAUGCUUGAUUGUUGCUAUUUUUUUACUCCUUUAGUUCUGUGCCAAAAUAUAUCUAUAAGAUACUAUCAUUGUAUUAGACCUGACCAGGGUUUAAGUAGAAGAGGCCUUGUCUCUUUAUGAGUCAAAUUCAGUGAGUCAGAUGUCUUACUCAAUAUAACAGAUUUGGGUCGGGUGGACUGGUUAGGACGCUGUAAUAAACCCACCCAAUUGUGAGGUAUAUAUAUUGAAGAAGAGAUUUCAUUAAACCCUAAUUGCGGACAUAGAUACCUCUUUUAGAAGUUGGGCUUCUGAGUGCAUGUGUAGAGGAGAAUGUGUGUGAGUUCUGUUAGCAGAGCUAACACAUUGUCAGGUCUUUUUGUAGAACAAAAGUUUCCUAGUUUGAAUGUCUGCAGAAGGCCAAGUAUAGUAUACAU